CUCAAGAAAUUGUAUACCAAUGUCGUCUCACCCUUCUUUGAGUACUGGGAGGGCUGGUUUAAAUAUUUCCGGUAUGAAGAAGGCAGGGACUCGCCAAGUGAUGCCCGGAAUGUGCUCCUGAUUGUUGUCACUCUGAUUGCUGCAGUGACUUUUCAAGCAGGAGUCAACCCUCCUGGUGGUGUUUGGCAAGAUGAUAAUAAUGGACAUGUUCCCGGCAGGGCUAUUUAUGCUGCUCAAAAUGAAGCCUACUAUGUUUUCUUGAUUUCUAACACCGUGGCUCUUUCUACAUCCAUACUUGUUAUUGUUUCGCUCACAUAUAGGUUUCCUUUUCAUUUCGAGAUAUGGGUUGCCACUGGUGCAAUGAUAGUAACUUAUGGAUCUGCUCUUUUUGCUGUUACGCCUAUUGAAUCUGUCAGAUUUCGAUACAUCUUGCUUGCGGCUGCUGUGCCUUUCGUAGUUCGGUGUUUGAUCCAGAUGUAUAACAAGUAUACAAGUAACAAGACAUCCAAUGGUAUUCAGGAUGAGCUUCAAUGUUCUUAGCCAAUUAUGUUUAUAUUCAGGAUGCAAAUCAAUAUCCUCAGCCAAUUUGUUUAUGUAAUCUGACAUGGAAGUCUGUGUAUCAGAUAAUUAAAGUAUUAUAUGUUGUGAUUGCUGAAUUAAGUUGUUCCUUCUAAUUGUUGAUGAACAUUUAACAUUAGUCCAAUUUUGGAUA